AUGACAAUUGCAUCAACUUUAGUUUAUAAACAUAGACCGUGCCUCUCACAAAAUAAGUUCGUCGAAAUAUUCCAAAAUGAUGCAGCAGUGAGUUAAACCCAAUCAAAUUCGAACCACCAUAUUAUUUUUUUAGUUGAUUUCUUAUGAGUUGUUCUGGACAUUUGAAAAUACACAUCUGAGAACAAACCUAUUGAUUCUUGUCAAAACCAAGAAUUCGCAUUUGACAAAAACGUUGUUAGAGAAUGUCAGAUUCUCGUUCAACCGUUCACCGCAAGCAACUUUGAAUUUAUUCGAAAGAAUGUCCGAGGAAUGGCCAAUGAGAGAGAUUGAAGCAGUGAGUGAAAAUAAAUUAUAUCGAAAUUUUGAAACGUAUUUUUUUUGGUUUUUAACAAUUAGAGAAUUUGAGACGUUUUACGUUCAAAAAAUCGCAAAACUCUGAAAAAUUUUCUAAAAAAAAAUGAGCUGCAUCCUAAAAUCGAAGUACCUUCAAAAAUUCUUCUAUAAAAACUACUAAUUUUUAAUUUUCAGAACAAUACAAAAUGUAAACUGACCAAAAAACAGCAAAUUUGAACCUGAUUGACCAGACAGAGGAGAAAUCGAGCAAAACUGAAAAAAACAUGUGAAAUUUCAGAUUUUUGGCUACAAUUCCAGCUUUUCCCUCACCCAAAACCUUGAAUUUCGAAAUUUCAAGGUUUUGGAUCAGGGAAAAGCUGAAAAUUGUGAUUUUCAGGGAUUUUCGAGAGAAAAACCACCGUUUUCCUAGUUUUUGAGCUGAAAACCAUGAAUUUCAUCAUUUUCAGCUCAAAAACUACUGGUUUUAACCAGAAAACAUCAAUUUUUCAUGAAAAAUGCAAAAUUUACCUUUCAACUCAAUCCUCCAUCCUCGAAUCCUCCUUUCGAUCCAUCCAUUCAUUGUUUCGAGUAGUACCUGUCAAAAAAAUCAAUUAACACUACGAAUUUUUAAUUUUUGGAACAAUACAAAAUGUAAACUGACCAAAAAACCCCGCAAAUUUGAACCUGAUUGACAAGAGCAAAAAAAUCCCGCGAAAUAAUAACGAUGAAAAAAUUGUUGACUUUGAACCGUGUCAAUCAAUUCGAAAAAAAAACAGUUUUUAUGGCCGAAAAAGGGUACUGUAAUAUGUGCCGAGAAGUUGACGAAAAGAAAAACAUAAAAAAGAACACAUUCUACACAAAUGUGAGUAUACACAAAAACACGAGAACUCAUUAUUUUUUGAAUUUAUUUUUUUACUAUUGUCGAAAUUAAAAAUGUGGCAGCCGUAAAAAAUAAAAACCAGUGCAGAGCUGAAUGAAUGAUAAUCUCGUUAUUUCGUCAGUCGCGUGCGGCUGUGCGUCGCGGUCGGGAAACAAUCAAUAAUCCGUUUUUCCUUUGCAUUCCGACCGCGACGCACAGCCGCGCGCGACUGACGAAAUAACGAGAUUGUGAUUCAUUCAGCUCUGCACUGCUUUUUAUUUUUUACGGCUGCCACAUUUUUCAAUUUCGACAAUACAGAAAUUCCAAGAAAUCAAACAAUACCAAGUUGUUGUGUUGUUGAAAGCACUAAAAAUAACGGAGGAUCAACUACUGAAAGUGAAAUAAAUUAUAUGGAAAUUUUGAAACGUAUUUUUUUUUGGUUUUUAAAAAUUAGAGAAAUUGAGACGUUUUACGUUCAAAAAACCGUAAAACUCUGAAAAAUUGAAAAAUUUUCUAAAAAAAAAAUGAGCUGCGUCUUAAAAUCGAAGUACCUGCACAAAUUCUUCUAUAAAAACUACGAAUUUUAAAUUUUUGGAACAAUACAAAAUGCAAACUGACCAAAAAAACCGCAAAUUUGAACCUGAUUGACCAGACAGAGGAGAAAUCGAGCAAAACUGAAAAAAACAUGUGAAAUUUCGGAUUUUUGGCUACAAUUCCAGCUUUUCCCUCACCCAAAACUUUGAAUUUCAAAAUUUCAAGGUUUCGGGUCAGGCAAAAGCUGAAAAUUGUGAUUUUCACAAAUUUUCGAGAGAAAACCACCGUUUUCCUAGUUUUAGAGCUGAAAACCAUGAAUUUCAUCAUUUUCAGCUCAAAAACUACUGGUUUCUAUCAGAAAACAUCAAUAUUUCAUGAAAAAUUCAAAAUUUACCUUUCAACUCAAUCCUCCAUCCCGAAUCCUCCUUUCCAUUAAUUGUUUCGAGUAUUAUCUGUCAAAAAAAUCAAUUAACACUACGAAUUUUUAAUUUUUGGAACAAUACAAAAUGUAAACUGACCAAAAAAGAAACCUGUGUUAUUGAAACGAAUUCCACAAUUGACAGGAUGUUGUUCGAUGAGCAAAUCUGAAAAAUAAACAAUUUAUUUUUGGUAGGGUUCAUAAAUGCUCCCAAAAAAACUAAAAAAAAAAAAUUUUUUUUGAGAUUUUUCGGUUCUUAAGUUUUGAAAAUCAACAAUUUGAAGGAAUUUUCCGAGAAAACUUGCCUAAAUAAAGAUCUGCUCAGCUAGAAAACCUUCCAAAACGUUUUCAUCCCCUCAAAAAAAUGAGAGAGGCUCAAAAGGCCUCCAAAAAAAAACAAAAAAAUUUUUUUUUUCAUAUCACUAUAAAAGCUGCCACAGAGAGAAAAAAUCGACAGCAUUUCAUUAAAUUCCUGUCUACGUUUUUGAUUGGCCCACGUGAAUAAGCCACGCCCAUUUCAUUUUUUUCAUUUUCAAAAUUUAUUUUUUUUUUCUUUUUUGGUCGCCUGGCCUAUUUUUUGUUGUUUUUCCUUGAAAAUCACGAUUUUUCGCUAAAAUUUUUUAUACAGUUUUUAGAACUCGUAUAGAUAAUUGUUCCUAUCGCUUUAUAAUUUUUAGUUUCGCUAUGUACCGAAAGUUUUAACGAUUUUUGUUCAAAAGUUCUCAAUAAUUGCUGUUUUUCCAGUAUUUUGGGUACAAAUCCUUGUCAUAAUCCAUCAGAAAGCAUUCAAAAGUAACGAAUAAACUGAUUUGAUGAUUUGGAGUCGAUAUUGAGGCAGUUUUUGCAACAAAAAACCCACAAACUGAUAUUUGGAAAAAAGCGGAAAAAAUAAGAAUUUUCACCGAUAAUUUGUCAAAAUUCAACGGUUUUGCAUUGUGUAGUUGAUAUGGUGCUAAUUAUUCCAUUUUUGAUGAGUUAUAUGGGAAACUUGGUUUCAUUUUCAAUAAACUUUUAUUCAAAAUAUUUCUAACAUGAAAAAAUUCCGAAUUUUGUGUCAAAUUGAAGACUAGAAGCAUAAAAAAACUGGCUUCCAUCAACAUGUCGAAAAGAAAACUUUAAAAGUUCUACAUUUUCAAAAAUUUGACCAAAAAUCCGUUCAUCUUGUCGUUUUCAACUGUUCGCCACAUCCACGUCGCAUUCCUUCGUAAAUUGGGGAAAAUCCGUUCCGAUUUGCUGGAAUAUCACUUAUAUAAUACGAUUUCAUGAGAAAAUAAAUCGCGAAAUAAGUUUCGAAGUUGAAAAGAUUUCAAACAAAGCAAAAGUUGACCUAAUGAACAUGUUUUUUCUUAUAACUUUGUGAGUUUUUCACAAAAUAUGAAAAUCUACUUAUGUAAAUGAUCCUUAGUAGAUUCCUAACAAUCUGCAUAAAAAAUAUUGUGGAAAUUUGUCUUCCCUCGCUGAAAAACUGUAAAAAACUGAAAAUUCAAAAAAAAUUUCGAAAAAUAAAAAAAAGCGUCAGCAAAAACAACAAACGCGUCAGUAUUCACGUGACCCAUUUCUUGAAACCCCGCCCACAAUCGCUGAUUGGAUGACGUGAUUUUUGUCGAUUUUUUCUCUCUGUGUAGCUUUAAGCCUCGUCAUUUCUCUCAGAAAAUUCGCCAAAACCGACAAAACCCCUGAAAAAGUGAGCUCGGAAUGAGUUAUUUCAUAUUCUUGAUGUUUAUCAAUAUACAAUUUUUCAGCUCGAUUUAUUAAUGACAAUUAAACCAAUAAAAUGAAAAUAAAUUAUAUCGAAAUUUUGAAACGUAUUUUUUUGGUGUUUAAAAAAUUAGAGAAAUUGUGACGUUUUACGUUCGAAAAAUCGUAAAAUUCCUAAAAAUUGAAAAAUUUUCGGCUCUAUCUCAAUAUAAGGGUCCCAAAAAAUAAGGGUCCCUGAUUUUUUGGAGGGAGAAACGUGUUUUUUUUAAAUUUUCAGUUGUUUUGUUAUAUUUUUCUUGAUUUUUUGACGAUUCUUCGUUUUUUCAAAUAUCAGAAAUAUAAUGCUACAAUCUGCAACAAACAUUGUCAAUCCGAAAAAAUAUGAACCGUGGAAGAGAAAACCAAAAUACAGUAGACUUCGCGGCUGCUUUGAUCUUUUGUAUUGAAAGAGGAAACAUUUGGUUUCCUAGGCCAUAUCGGUUCUCUUCCAACGGUCACAAAAUUUCGGACUGACAAUACUGUUGUACAGAGAUUUUGAGACUGCACAACUCAAAACAUACACUAUUCCAAAAGUAUAAAAACAUCUGGAAGCCCAAAGAAAUGCUCCAGUGAGUUAAACCCAAUCAAAUUCGAACCACCAUAAUAUUUUUUUAGUUGAUUUCAUAUGAAUUAUUCUGGACAUUUGAAAAUACACAUCUCCGAACAAACCUAUUGAUUCGAAAAUAAAUUAUAUCGAAAUUUUGAAACGUAUUUUUUUUUGGUUUUAAAAAAUUAGAGAAUUUGCGAUGUUUUACGUUCAAAAAAUCGUAAAAUUCUGAAAAAUUGAAAAAUUUUCUUUAAAAAAAUGAGCUGCAUCCUAAAAUCGAAGUAUCUGCAAAAAUGCUUCUAUAAAAACUACGAAUUUUAAAUUUUUGGAACAAUAAAAAAUGCAAACUGACCAAAAAACCCGCAAAUUUGAACCUGAUUGACCAGAAAGAGGAGAAAUCGAGCAAAACUGGAAAAAACAUGUGAAAUUUCAAAUUUUUGGCUACAAUUCCAGCUUUUCCCUCACCCAAAACCUUGGAUUUCGAAAUUUCAAGGUUUCGGGUCAGGGAAAAGCUGAAAAUUGUGAUUUUCAGGGAUUUUCAAGAGAAAACCACUGUUUCCCUAGUUUUUGAGCUGAAAAUCAUGAAUUUCAUCAUUUUCAGCUCAAAAACUAUUGGUUUCUACCAGAAAACAUCAAUUUUUCAUGAAAAAUUCAAAAUUUACCUUCCAACUCAAUCCUCCAUCUCGAAUCAUCCUUUCUAUUCAUUGUUUCGAGUAGUACCUGUCAAAAAAAUCAAUUAACACUACGAAUUUUGAAUUUUUGGAACAAUACAAAAUGUAAACUGACCAAAAAAGAAACAUGUGUUAUUGAGACGAAAUUGACACGAUGUUGUACGAUGAGCAAAUCUGAAAAAAAAACAAUUUAUUUUGGUAGGGUUCAUAAAUUCUCCAAAAAAAACAUCUUUUUGAGAUUUUUCGGUUCUCAAGUUUUGAAAAUCAACAUUUUCAAGGAAUUUGCAGAGAAAACUUGCCUAAAUCAAGAUCUGCUCAGCUAGAAAACCUUCCAAAACGUUUUAAUCUCCUUUACCAAGGUUUUCAUCUCCUCAAUUCUCAACAAGAUCCAUAAAUUUGGUGAUUUUUGCACUCCCAUCCAACAAAAUCGCGCAUUUUCAUUUUCCAGUGAAAACCUGUUUUUAAAUACAAAAUAACAUUACUCCGCGAGUCAAAAGCGGUUGAAUUCAACAAAAACAACAUAUUUUUCAAAUCAAAAACUUUAUUCAACAAGGAAAACAACGAAAAACUAGAGAAAGAAGAAACAUUUCGAAAAUGAAAAAAAUAAAUAAAACUACGACACUCCGCUUGCCUGUUGUUUAUCGUAUUUCAACAGAGCGGCGGUUUCAAUUCGAUUUUUUUGCUCUUGAGAACCGAAAAAUCUCAAAAGGAUAGUUUUUUUUGGGAGCAUUUAUGAACCCUACCAAAAAUAAAUUGUUUUUUUUUCAGAAUUGUUCAUCGAACAACAUCGUGUCAAUUGUGGAAUUCGUCUCAAUAACACAGGUUCCUUUUUUGGUCAGUUUACAUUUUGUAUUGUUCCAAAAAUUCAAAAUUCGUAUUGUUAAUUGAUUUUUUUUGACAGGUACUACUCGAAACAAUGAAUGGAAAGGAGAAUUCGGGAUGGAGGAUUGAGUUGAAAGGUAAAUUUUGAAUUUUUCAUGAAAAAUUGAUGUUUUCUGGUAGAAACCAGUAGUUUUUGAGCUGAAAAUGAUGAAAUUCAUGGUUUUCAGCUCAAAAACUAGGAAAACGGUGGUUUUCUCUCGAAAAUUUGUGAAAAUCACAAUUUGUAAGCUUUUCCCUUACCCGAACCCUUGAAAUUUUGAAAUUCAAGGUUUUGGGUGAGGGAAAAGCUGGAAUUGUAGCCAAAAAUCUCGAAUUUCAGCUUCAAAACAUGUUUUUCUCAAUUUUGCUCGAUUUCUCCUCUGUCUGAUCAAUCAGGUUCAAAUUUGCGGGUUUUUUGGUCAGUUUGCAUUUUGUAUUGUUCCAAAAAAUUUAAAAUUCGUAGUUUUUAUAGAAGAAUUUUUGCAGAUACUUCGAUUUUAGGAUGCAGCUCAUUUUUUUUCAGAAAAUUUUUCAAUUUUUCAGAAUUUUACGAUUUUUUGAACGUAAAACGUCGCAAAUUCUCUAAUUUUUUUAACACCAAAAAAAAUACGUUUCAAAAUUUCGAUAUAAUUUAUUUUGUUCUACAAUGUGUAUUUUCAAAUGUCCAGAACAAAUCAUAUGAAAUCAACUAAAAAAAUAAUAUGGUGGUUCGAAUCCAGUUUGAUUGGGUUUAACUCACUGGAGCAUCUUUUUAGAAUACUUCGACGAACUUAUUUUGUGAUAGACACGGUCUCUGCACUUAAACCAAAGUUGGUGCAAUUGUCAUUAAUAAAUUGAGCUGCAAAAUUGUAUAUUCAUAAACAUCAAAAAUAUGAAAUAACUCAUUUCGAACUCACUUUUUCAGGGGUUUCUCCGGUUUUGACGAAUUUUCGCAGGUUCACAAUAUUCUCCAUUAAUUCCAAUUUUUGAAAUGCUAGACUUCUCAUUUAUUUCAGUUUCACUUUUUUCUGUGAAAACUCGGGCCGAUUUUUUUAAAAGCAUGCUCAACGAAUGAAUUCGAAUCAAUUUUAGACUGAAAACAUGAAAAUUGGCUCGAAAAUGAUUAAUUUGUAAAACUGGAAGCUCUUCCAGAUUUACAAAUUUUUGAACAAAAAAAAAGUUGAUCAAAAAAAAUUUUUUUUCAAGAAUAAUCGGACCGAUGUUUAUGUUUAUCCCAAAACAAGUUCGUCCAAGUUUUCAAAUCUGAUGCUCCAGUGAGUUAAAUGAAAAUAAAUUAUAAAUAUCGAAAUUUUGAAACGUAUUUUUUUGGUUUUCAAAAAUUAGAGAAUUUGCGACGUUUUACGUUCAAAAAAUCGUAAGACUCUGAAAAAUUGAAAAAUUUUCUAAAAAAAAUGAGCUGCAUCCUAAAAUCAAAGUAUCUGCAAAAAUUCUUCUAUAAAAACUACGAAUUUUAAAUUUUUGGAACAAUACAAAAUGCAAACUGACCAAAAAACCGCAAAUUUGAACCUGAUUGACCAGAAAGAGGAGAAAUCGAGCAAAACUGAAAAAAAAACAUGUGAAAUUUCAGAUUUUUGGCUACAAUUCUAGCUUUUCCCUCACCCAAAACCUUGAAUUUCGAAAUUUCAAGGUUUCAGGUCAGGGAAAAGCUGAAAAUUGUGAUUUUCAGGGAUUUUCGAGAGAAAACCACGGUUUUCCUAGUUUUUGAGCUGAAAACCAUGAAUUUCAUAAUUUUCAGCUCAAAAACUACUGGUUUCUAUCAGAAAACAUCAAUAUUUCAUGAAAAAUUCAAAAUUCACGUUUCAACUCAAUCCUGAUUCGUUUUCAGAGAAAAUUACGAAGUUUUUUUUAGUUUUUACUUUUCAAACUUCAGAAAACCCUCCUCAAAGAACUACUCACCAUCAAACUAUAUUCCUUGAAGAUCAAUAAAUUUAGUGAUUUUUGAACUCCCAUCCAACAAAAUCGCGCAUUUUCAUUUUCCAGUGAUAACCUGUUUUUAAAUACAAAAUAAUAUUACUCCGCGAAUCAAAAGCGGUUUAAUUCAACAAAAAUAACAUAUUUUUCAAAUAAAUAACUUUAUUCAACAAGGAAAACAACGAAAAACUAGCGAAGAAACAUUUCGAAAAUGAUCAUGAAAAAAAAAAAAAAAAGUUGUUUAUCGUAUUUUUUUUUUUUUAAAGUUGUUUAUCGUAUUUCAACAGAGCGGCGGUUUCAAUUCGAUUUUUUUGCGCUUGAGAACCGAAAAAUCUCAAAAAGAUGUUUUUUUUCAGUUUUUUUGGGAGCAUUUAUGAACCCUACCAAAAAUAAAUUGUUUUUUUUUUCAGAUUUGCUCAUCGAACAACAUCGUGUCAAUUGUGGAAUUCGUCUCAACAACACAGGUUGCUUUUUUGGUCAGUUUACAUUUUGUAUUGUUCCAAAAAUUCAAAAUUCGUAGUGUCAAUUGAUUUUUUGACAGGUACUACUCGAAACAAUGAAUGGAAAGGAGAAUUCGGGAUGGAGGAUUGA